UAAUUUUCGCUAUCUGUCAACGAAAGGUUGAUGUGUUUACGAUUUGAGGUUACGACAGACUGUACUAGAAUUAUUGAGUUAACGGACCGGAAAGAACACUAUUCCAGUCCCAAAGUAACUCCAGCCCUAUUCAACGAGAAAGUGUCACCGGUAACCAGCAAACAGUCGUGGAAGACGUGUUACCACCAAGGCAAUUGACGGCCAAAUGACAGUAGUGAUGUGAAAAAUCGAUUCGAUUCUUGAAUAAUCGAUUGUAUCUCAUACUAAAGAAUCGAUUUUCUGUAGAUAUUUUAAACUUCGAUUAAUAUUUAAAUCGAUUAUUUUUUACGAGAAUCGGCUAAAAAAAUCAAUACCCGUUUAGAAAAAUCUAGUGACUUUAGCCACAUUUGCGUGGUACUGGUUACCGUGCUGUGCAUUGAAUGUUGUUCUGUGUGUGGUUCUUUGGUUUUGCUGUUGCUAUGGUUACCUACAUCGUGCCUACAUCCCACAUUUGUAAAAUCAUCGUAUGUGCAUGUGAAAUACUGAAAUGCCUAGAUUGAAGAUUUGGCGGAAGUGGUAAAAUCCCCCUUUUUAUAUUAGGAUGUCGAUGCCAACGUCCAAAUCUAUUAAACGAUAUUUUACAAAAAUCGAUGCAAUAUCCUCAAGAUGUAGAUUUUGUCUCAAAAUAGUUAAAAAUCAUAGUAAUACUACUAAUUUGCUCAGCCACAUGAAAAGGAAGCAUCCUAUGAUCCCUUUGAAUCAGAAAUCGAUAAUGAAUGUAGAAUCAAAAUCAGAGCAAGAGGAGCCAUGUAAAAAAAGACAAUGUUUCGAGAAGCCCACAUCCCCUAUUAUUCAAUCCGAACCUGGGUGCAGUGGUAGCAGGACAAUUGAAAGAAGUUGUGAUAAUAUAUCGAAUUUAUCAGAAGCAACAACUUUAAGCAUCUUGGAUAGCUCAUCAUUUUCACAUAUCAAAGGAAAACAGAAAAAAGUUACUGAAGUGUUUGAAGAAGUAUCUUCAUAUACAGAAGGUGGUAGAAAUGCCAGUAAGAUUACAAAUGCCAUUUUGUAUAUGCUGGCUGUAGAUAACAUGCCACUGAAAACUGUAGAAAAUAAAGGGUUUAAGAAGUUUUUACAAACUACACUUCCACUGUACAAACUACCAUGCCGAAAAACUUUCACGAAUAUGAUGGAUGAACGGUAUGAAGUUAUUAGCUCUCAAAUUAAAGAAGAUUUUAAGAAUGUUUUAAAUUUCACAAUAACAACGGAUAUAUGGACUGAUUCUUUCAACACUCGAAGUUUUAUGGGAAUCACCGUACACUUUUUUAACAUGGGUGAAUUAAAGUCUGUGAAUAUUGGUGUGAUUAUGUUAGAAAAAAGUCACACCGGUGAAUAUAUAUGUGAAAAAUUAAAUGAUUUAUGUGUGCAGUGGAAUAUUGACAAGGAAAAAGUAACGGCUAUUGUAACGGACAAUGGAAGCAAUGUUGUGAAGGGGGCAUACCUUUGUUUUGGAAAAAAAAAACAUCUUCCCUGCUUCGCUCAUACACUGAACUUAGUAGUUACAAACGCCUUAAAACUUACAACUCAUCUAAGUGAUAUUAUCAAUAAGGUUAAAGAGAUUGUUGCCUUUUUUAAACAUAGCACCAAGGCAACUGAGGAAUUGAAGUCUCAACAAAUCCAAAAUGGGGCGCCAAAUAAUAAAACGUUGAAGCUAAUCCAGCAGUGUGAAACUCGUUGGAAUUCAACGUACCUAAUGUUGCAGAGAUUUUUAUUGUUGGCAACUUACAUAAGUUCAGUGCUAUUUAAUUACAAAAAUCCAACUAUGGUUAAUCAUGAUGAAAUUGAAAUUUUAGAAGAAGUUGUUUUAAUUUUAAAGCCAUUUCAAUUACUUACUACAGAAAUUUCAGGUGAAAAAUAUGUAACAGCAAGCAAAAUAAUUCCUCUGGCACAUUGUUUAAAAUUGUCCUUAAAUCGUUUGGAUGGUUCUACUGAGUUUGGGAAAGAGCUCAUCACAAAUUUGGGUAAUGAAGUACAGAAACGUUUCUAUUCUGAGGAAUCUUUUAUUGAGAGAAAUGAAAUAUUAGCAGUAGCAACUGUUAUUGACCCUCGGUUUAAGAAAAUACAUUUUGAAAGCGCACGAUCGUUAUCAAAUACAUUAAAUAUUAUAUCAAAAAUGUUUCCAACAAAAACAAGGGAGGUAGACUCUGAAGGAUUUUUUAAACCAGUUUCUGAUAAUAGUAAUGAUAUAUGGAAUAUUCAUGAAAAUUUGGUUGUUAGUAAAGAAUCUCGAAUUUCAGAUGUAAAUAGUGGAAAUGGUUUGCCAACAGAAUUGAAGCAGUACUUAGACCAAUCGAUUAUUGCUCGAAAUGAUGAUCCAAUUCAGUAUUUUAAGCAGUUAAAGAUAGCGUUUCCUGAAUUGUAUAAAAUUGCAACCAAGUAUUUGUCAGUUGUUGGUACAUCCGUACCAUGUGAGAGACUGUUUAGUAGAGCGGGAGAAAUCUUAGCAGACAAACGGUCUAGACUAACAGGACCACAUUUGUCAAACUUAAUAUUCCUGAGCAGUAUUGAAGAUAAGUACUGGUUUGAAUAAUUUACAAUUAUAUUUUUGUUUUAAGAGAUAAAUUUAAUUUUUAUGUUUACGACUGAAUAUUAUUGAUUUUGUAUUUUAUUGUAUUAAGUUUAUUUUCAUUUAAAAUGUUCACAAAUUUUUUAUUUUUUUACUCCAAUUAAAGUUUAUGACAAUGUUGGAACUUUUUUUAACAUUUUCCACAAAACGAUUUAAUCGAAUCGAUUAUUUUGAUUUGUGAUUAAUUGAAUCGAUUAAUGGUCUAAUCAAACUUUAUCGAUUUAUCGAUUCGAUGUUUUUCGGACCAAAGUCGCAUCACUAAAUGACAGUAACAGGAUCGCCAUACUGGAAGCAAAAAAUACCUGCUGUAGAAAAGACGGAGCAUAACAAGGACACAGAUAUUUUCUUAUUAUUUGCUAUCAUCCCCGCUAUUUUUUUAACAACGCUAGGUCGCUAGCAAACCACCAAUUUGUUUUUACGCAUCAGUUUGGUAACAAUAAACAAUAACCCUCAUAACCACAAAAA